CACACCUUCCAGGAAAUGAGGGGCUGCGACUUGAGAUGGGACGGGCGCUUCCUCCGUGGAUACACUCAGCUCGCCUACGACGGCACCGACUUCAUCUGCCUGAACGAGGACCUGGACUCCUGGACCCCAACCGACACAGCGGCCCGGAUCACCUGGCGCCAGUUGGUGGAGCUCCCUGCGGCAGAGCAAAGACAGAGAGUCCUAGGGGACAUCUGUGUGCACUGGCUCCGCCUGUUCCUAGAAAACGGAAAGGAGACCUUGCUCCAAACAGACCCUCCAAAGACACACGUGACCCACCACCCUAUCUCUGACCAUGAGGUCACCCUGAGGUGCUGGGCCCUGGGCUUCUACCCUGCGGACAUCACCCUGACCUGGCAGCAUGAAGGGGAGGACCUGACCCAGGACAUGGAGCUUGUGGAGACCAGGCCUGCAGGGGACGGGACCUUCCAGAAGUGGGCAGCUGUGGCUGUGCCCCCGGGAGAGGAGCAGAGAUACACGUGCCUUGUGCAGCCAGGGUUGCCUGAGCCCCUGACGCUGAGAUGGGGUGAGGAGGGGGCGUGGGCACAGAGCCUCUCCUCAGGGUGUCCUUGAGCAGGGUCAGGACUCAGGACUGAGGUUGACCUCUCAACUUCCCCUCACAGACCCCCCUCCUCAGACCACCAUCAUCAUCAUGG